AUGGCUUGCAAGCUACAGGACUACCUCUAUCUCAUCACCCCAAACAUCUGGCCAUUGAAUAGGAAAUACAAAGGGUACAAGGCUCCCUUCUAUGGACUCAAUGAUGAAGUACCCAUCCUGCUCACCAUCAUUCUCGGCCUACAGCACGCGCUAUGCAUGGUUGGUUCCAUCGUCUCACCGCCGUUGGCCAUUGCAGGCGGCGCCUUUUACUUUGACUCUGCAACUACGCAGUACCUGGUGUCGGCUGCCUUUAUUACCACGGGGCUUGCGACAGCCAUGCAAGUGACCCGAGUCCAUAUAUCAAAGACACCCUUUUACAUCGGUACCGGGUUGCUUUCUGUCGUUGGUCCUACUUUCGAUAUUUUGCCCAUUGCCUUCACCUAUACAGACAUGCGUUAUAAUAAUGGCACCUGCCCGACAGCAGCUGAUGGCACCAAGUUGCCUUGCCCAGAGGCCUGGGGCGCCAUUCUGGGUUCCAUCCUUUGCACCGUCUGGGUGCAGAUUGCCAUGAGCUUGUCCCACCAAAGCUGCUCAAUAAAAUCUUCCCAAAGGUCGUUAUGGGAAGUUUGUUAUUACUCGUCGGCAUAUGCUUGGUGGGAAAUGGAAUGGACAAUUGGGGCGGCAGUAGCAACUGCCACGACGGUUCUGGUUUCUAUGCUUUAUGCCCCGAUACAUCAGCCCCUCGGCCAUUACCAUGGCCUAGGCUUCACUGUGUUUCUAGUGAUUGUCCUCGUUGAGCUUUUUGGGUCUCCGCUGAUGAAAUCUGCUUCCGUAAUCAUUGGUCUGUUUGUCGGUUGCCUUAUGUCUGGUCUUGGAGGAUACUGGUCAAUGACCAACGUGAAUGCGGCACCAGCUGCAACGUUUCUCUGGGUUCAUACAUUUCCCUUGUCUGUCGAUGGUGCACUGAUAUUGCCUUUGCUUAUCAUGUUUAUUUGCGAGGCUGUAUCCUGCAUGCCUGACAUUCUGGCAACUUCGGAGAUCAGCGGUGUUGAGAUACAAGGCACGGAAUUCAAUUCGCGUGUGCAAGGAGGGAUUCUCUGUGACGGUGUUGGUAGUUUGGUGAGCGCUCUCGGAACAGGUCCGCCCAUGGUCAGUCAAGCUGGUAACAACGGAGUCAUAGUGAUUACUGGCUGCGCCUCACGACGUGCUGGGUGGUGCGCCUCGGCAUUCCUGUUGUUGAUGGGCAUCUUUGGCAAAUUCGGUGCCAUAUUCGGCGCGAUGCCUCCAUCCGUUCUAGGUGGCAUGCAGGUUUUCCUUUACAGCUCAAUUGCCGUCGCAGGUCUGCGGGUGCUCGGCAUGGUUCGUUAUACGCGACGAAACAGAUUCAUCCUAACUGUUGCACUGGGCAUCGGGUUUCUCGACGUCACCAGAUCUGACUGGUGGGACAGUAUUUUGACAUAUUCAGGCUCUAAUGUAGCCCUUUCCGGUUUUGAACAGGGCCUCAACCUGAUUGUACAAACACCCUUCAUUAUUGCAGCAGUACUGGGAGUUGUGUUGAAUUUGAUUCUGCCAGAAGAUGCCAGCCAAAUGGAUUCUAUGGCUGGUGUAGAGCAUAGCAGGCUAAGCUUACCGCACCAUUCACACGAUUAA